AUGAAAGAGAACGACAUUGCUAUAUUGAUUCUGAAAGACCCGGUUCAUGAAGAGAAAUGUGUCAAAUUUGAAACUAUGGCCAGGCUAGGAGAAACAUUUAGGGGAAAAUGUAUUGCAGCUGGAUGGGGAAAACUCGCAUUCCAAGGAAAUAGCCCAAACGAAUUAUAUAAAGUGGGCCUUCCAUAUAUUUCUCCUGAAGAUUGUAGAAAGAGAUCUAGGAUGGGAAUUGCUGAAGGAGUUCUUUGUGCCGGAGAUUUCGUAGGAGGUGGAGAGUCUACUUGUCAGGGUGACUCUGGAGGUCCACUCUAUUGUCCAAACGCAAGCGGUAAAAUGGUCUUGGCGGGUGUCACAUCCUUUGGACAUAAGUGUAAUGGAGAAGUCAGUGCUUUCACUGAUGUCAGAUAUUUCCAAAAAUGGAUCACCAGAAAUUGGUAAGAUGUACUUUGAUAAAGAGGUCUUUUACUGAAGGAACGUCAGCAGAAUAUUCUCCACAAUGUAUUAACAAACCAAUAAAUAUAUAAAAUGAUU